AUGGCGAAAUCCUCGAUAAUGAGCUUACGAUACGUAGUGCUAGUGUAUGCCACCAUCGCCCUCCUGCUAUCCCGGACAGUACUAACAGCCGCAAAGACGGCUAAUGGCGGAGGAGUGGGUGGUGUGCAAAAGUUUGCCAUGGAACCCCAGGACCAGACGGCCAUUGUGGGCUCGCGGGUGACAUUACCGUGCCGGGUGGAGUCCAAAGUGGGCCAGCUACAGUGGACCAAGGAUGACUUCGGGCUCGGAUGGCAUCGCAACCUGAGCGGAUUCGAUCGGUAUGCGAUGGUCGGGAGCGAUGAGGAGGGCGACUACUCACUCGAAAUCUAUCCCGUGAUGCUGGACGAUGAGGCACGCUACCAGUGCCAGGUGGGCCGAGGAAAGGAUGGUACUCCCGGUAUCCGGUCGAGAUUUGCAACGCUUACAGUAUUAGUUCCACCGGAACCGCCAAAAAUAGUGCAGGGUGACUUCCUGGUCACUACAGAAGACCGUGAGAUUGAGCUAGAGUGUGUAUCGGUGGGCGGUAAGCCAGCCGCCGAAAUUACUUGGAUCGAUGGACUAGGUAACGUCCUCACCUCGGCCAUUGAGUACGUGAAAGAGCCAAUAACCGAUACCGGUCGAUUCACGGCAAAAUCAAUCUUGAAGUUGACUCCCAAAAAGGAGCAUCACAAUACGUCUUUCACCUGUCAGGCACAGAACACUGCCGACCGGACUUAUAGGUCCGUGAAGCUAAAGCUGGAGGUGAAAUAUGCACCGAAGGUGAGUGUCUCCGUUAUUGGAGGUGCGCUGUCUGGUGGUAGAAUACCGGAAGGUGCUGAGGUACGAUUAUCCUGCCGAGCGGAUGCAAAUCCCAGCGAAGUCACCUACAAAUGGUACAAGGCAGACGAACCAAUUCUGGGAGACUACACGACAGAGAUGGUGAUACACAACGUCUCGAAGGAGUACCACGAUGCCGUAAUCAAGUGCGAGGUGCACAACGCCGUCGGGAAGAGUGAGGAAAGCGAAAUACUGGACAUCAGCUACGGACCAACGUUUCGCACACGGCCACAGUCGGUGGAGACCGACAUUGACCGCAAGGUGACACUAACUUGCGAUGUCGACGGUAACCCACCGCCAGAAAUCAUCUGGGUCCACGAGGACACUAGCCGAAUCGUGUCCAACUCGGCCAACAUCACCCUCAUGGCGACACGCGAAACUGCCGGUAACUAUUACUGCAAGGCAAGCGUGCGUGGGUUCCCGGACAUUGAAGCUGCAGCUGCCAUCCACCUGAAGGGACCUCCGACAAUACGGUCACCACGCCAACAGUACGGCUCGGUUAACGAUAACUCCCAGAUCCAGUGCGAUGCCAUCUCGAUCCCGAAGGCGAAACAGGUGAUCUGGACGUACAACGGGUUGGAGGUGAACAGUGAGAACGAUCACACGAUCUUGGAGAACCCGUCGCCCGAAGGUGUACGGUCGACGCUGAUCAUCUCGAAAAGCCAGCGGCAACACUUUGGCGUGUACAACUGCACCGUGCUGAACGAGUACGGCAGCGACUCGCUCGAGAUCCAGUUCGCACCGAUGGAGUCAUCGUCGCUGCCGGUCGUGAUUCUCAUAGUGGUCGUCGUGUUCAUCACCAUCGUGUUCGUGCUGGUGGUGAGCCUGUGCUGUUGCGGCCAAAAGGGUAACAAGAAGCUGCCACCAGCUGAUGUGAUUACGGAUCAGCACUACAUGACGGAAAAGACGUGCAAAGAGAGUGAUCGUUCGUCGAACGUGAGCGAUCUGAAGAUUGAUCGGGACCACGAAUACUCGGAAACUUGCUCCGGUACGGACAGCAUCGCGACGCGCCUUGCGAUGAACGUGAUGGGUUCGUCUAGCGGAGGUAGCAACAACAGUGGUGGUGGUGUUCCUGUAAAUGGUGGUGGAGGUGUACCACUUGCCGGGCCCGUACGCAUUCCCAACGAUUAUAGAUAUUCGGGUGAUUACUCCGACGGUAUAGGGUCCACACUGCAGGCCAAGAUUGGCCAAAGCAAUGGUGGCUAUGUACCGUACGUAGACUACGCGCAGGACUACAACCUGCCAAUGCACAUAUCCAGCAAUGGUCAGCUACCAAACGGCAACCUUAGUCUGACGCGGAAUCGUGAGCUGCGUCAGGAUAAUGGUCUACCAAGCAUCCAGAACGGCAUGGGUUCGCUUUCGGCAGGACUGAUGAAUACGUCGCUGAUGAACGCACCCAGCAUAGAUCCGCGGUACAGCGCCACGUACGGUAAUCCUUACCUGCGCAGCAGCAGUACCCAUCUGCCACCGCUUCCACCGCCCAGCACGGCCAACCCGGCCCUCACACCGGCACCCCCACCGUACAGUGCCGGCCGGCAUCCGGCCAGUGCGCUGCUGAUGGGUGUCAACAUCGGUGUCAAUUCUGGCAGCGUCAUCGGUAUCGGGUCGAGCCUCACCAGCCCGGAAUCCAUACGCUCGACGAGUGCCGGCAGCGAACAACCCGGCACGAUACAGCAGCAGGCACAGCAACAAAGUGCGCAGGUGGCGGGUGGCCAAACCGGCAGCCCGGCACCGGGCCAGUUCAUACUUCCAGCGAACGGGGACAUACGCAAGGGUGCGCUCGCCACCCACGUCUAG